CACAUGUUCCAAUAAAUGCUGUGGCAUGGAACCGUCAAGAACGAGGACACCUUCAAGACCUCCCCGUUUCAUUUUGACCUGUGGUUCUACUUCACUCUGCAGAACUGGGUGCUGGACUUCGGGCGUCCCAUUGCGAUGAUAAUUCUACCUUUGGAGUGGUUUCCUCUAAACAAACCGAGCGCUGGAGAUUAUUUCCACAUGGCUUACAAUGUUAUCACGCCAUUUCUUCUGCUAAAGCUCAUCGAGCGAUCCCCCAAGACCUUGCCAAGAUCAAUGAUCUAUGUCAGCAUCAUCAUGUUUGUCAUGGGAGCCAGCAUCCACCUGGUCGGAGACUCUGUAAACCACCGCCUGAUUUUCAGUGGCUACCAGCACCAUCUGUCUGUACGAGAGAACCCCAUCAUCAAGAACCUGAAGCCAGAGACGCUGAUUGAUUCCUUUGAGCUGCUCUACUACUACGAUGAAUAUUUAGGUCAUUCGAUGUGGUAUAUUCCUUUUUUCCUGAUACUGUUCAUAUAUUUCACUGGCUGCUUCACCCCUGUUGAAGAGGAGAGCAGGAUGCCAGUGGCUGCCUUGCUUCUGAUGGGGCCCAGCAGCCUUUAUUACUGGUAUCUUGUGACAGAGGGUCAGAUUUUCAUCCUCUACAUUUUCACUUUCUUUGCCAUGAUGGCUUUAGUGAUGCACCAGAAACGCAAAGGACUCGUCCUGGACAGCAAUGGGCUUUUUCUCUUCUAUUCCUUCAUCAUAACGCUGGUCCUCAUUGCUGUUUGGGUGGUUUGGUUGUGGAAUGACAAAAUUCUCAGGAAGAAGUACCCUGGUGUGAUCUAUAUCCCUGAGCCGUGGGCCUUUUACACCCUGCACAUGAACAACCUCCACGCAGCAAAGGAAAGUUUAUAAGUUUUGAUAUUUUAAAGUGGUUUGAAGAAACAAACAAAAAAAUAAAUCUAGUUUUUCUAAUGUAGAUGUAUUUCAAAUAAAUUCCUGACCAACA